AUGCAAAAUGAACUAAUUCUUAAUCGUAAAACCUUCAACGAAAACGAAGAUGGUAACACUCCUAAAGAUGAUGUUGAAAGUGAAGAUACUAACGAGAAGUUAAAAGAAAAAGUACCGGAACGCAUGGAAAUAGAACCUAUUGAUAAUGAAGAAGGUUUAUCAUCAUAA